AUGUUGGAGAACCAGCCUCCUGACCCCUAUGUUCCUUUGCUCCUAGGGGCGCCCUCCCAGCCUUCCAACAGCAGCUGGCCCCCAAGCCAGAACGGGAGUCACACUGAGGCCACCCCGGCCGCCAACCUCACCUUCUCCUCCUACUACCAGCACUCCUCCCCAGUGGCAGCCAUGUUCAUCGUGGCCUACGUGCUCAUCUUCCUCCUCUGCAUGGUGGGCAACACCCUGGUCUGUUUCAUCGUGCUCAAGAACCGGCACAUGCGCACUGUCACCAACAUAUUCAUUCUCAACCUGGCCAUCAGUGACCUGCUGGUGGGCGUCUUCUGCAUGCCUACCACCCUGGUGGACAAUCUCAUCACAGGGUGGCCCUUUGACAAUGCCACAUGCAAGAUGAGCGGCCUGGUGCAGGGCAUGUCCGUGUCAGCUUCCGUUUUCACACUGGUGGCCAUUGCCGUGGAAAGAUUCCGCUGCAUCAUGCACCCUUUCCGGGAGAAGCUGACCCUGCAGAAGGCGCUGGUCACCAUCGCGGUUAUCUGGGCCCUGGCUCUGCUCAUCAUGUCCCCCUCGGCCGUCAUGCUGACUGUCACGCGCGAGGAGCACCAUUUCAUGGUGGACGCCCACAACCGCUCAUACCCGCUCUACUCGUGCUGGGAGGCUUGGCCCAAGGAGAGCAUGCGCCAAGUCUACACUACCGUGCUCUUCUCACACAUCUACCUGGCGCCCCUCAUACUCAUCGUCGUCAUGUAUGCCCGCAUCGCCCGCAGGCUGGUCAAGGCCUCGGGCCCCGGCCAGGCCCGCGAGGAGGCAGCGGCGGACGGCCGGCGCGGGGGCCGGCGCAAGGCCAGGGUGGUGCAUAUGCUGGUCGUGGUGGCGCUUUUCUUCACGCUGUCCUGGCUGCCGCUCUGGGCGCUGCUGCUGCUCAUUGACUAUGGGCAGCUCAGCGAGCCGCAGCUGCACUUGAUCUCAGUCUAUGGCUUCCCCUUCGCCCACUGGCUGGCCUUCUUCAACAGCAGCGCCAACCCCAUCAUCUACGGCUACUUCAAUGAGAACUUCCACCGCAGCUUCCAGGUGGCCUUCCGUGCUCAGCUCUGCCCACCGCAAUGGGGGAGCCACAGGCUGGCCUACUCAGAGCGGUCCCGCAGGCUCCUACGCUCGCGGGUCUUCGUGGAGGUGCAGCCCAGCGACUCAGGUCUGCCCUCCGAGUCGGGGCCCAGCAGUGGCGCCCCCAGGCCUGGCCACCUCCCACUGCGCAAUGGCUGGGUGGCCCACCAAGGCUUGGCCAGGGAAGGCCCUGGCUGCGCCCACCUGCCCCUCAGCAUACCGGCCUGGCAUAUUUGAGUAGUAUAGGGACCCUGGCUGGACA